CAGAGCCUGUUGACGGCAGACCUGCCAGGUGCUGUCUCGACCUGGUAUUUGAUGCUAAGUCUCUCUCAAAGUGUCACUAGUUGUUCGUUCGUAGUACACGGCGAUGCUUCUUGAUAGUUUGACACGAUGAGAGGACGUUAUAAGGAGCCAGGUUGCGGAAGACACAACAGCGGCGCUCUGCCACGGGGAUCCGCAGCUCACUUGGCCAACUCAGAGUCACCUGUCCCCGGCCUGAGUCUCCAGGCGGUCAGCGGUGCCGACGCAGCUGCAAAGCUUUGCAGCGAUGCUGGUAGGAAAGUCUACCUUGGAGUACGAGUGAAGAUGCCGGUCAAGGAUCUGCUGAAGAACAUCCGCAUGGCUCAGGGCCGGAACCCUCAAGACCUUCAGAACCAGCACAGUAAGACUGGCCAAGGGGCCAAGAAGCGAGUGAACACUCGCAGGGGAACCCGCAAGCGGGAGAGGAAACGCCCCACAACUAGCCUGGAGGAGCUGGCAAUCAUCGUGGAGGUGCUGGAGGAGGAUCUGAGGACCGGCACCUCCCACACUUCUCCUUUCCAGACGUCUUCUCCCACGCUCGAUCUAAACGGGUAUAACACGGAUGAGUCGGAUGAAGUCAUCCCCAGCCCCCAGCCCCACAUGACCUUCUCACCAGGAAUAGCAGAGUACCAUCAAGUCCCGCCCCCUCCUGGCACCAACAGCACCACCUUCCAGCUCGGUGGGACGGAAGAUGAUGGCUUUGCUGUCCGCACAGCCAAAUGGACCCUAAGCAGCUCCCACUUCUUCUGGACACAGCUUCAGAAGGAGGAGGUCCACCUGAGGGACAUCCCUGAUGGCUUGCUGCUGGCCACCGAUGGACACGGACGCACAGCUCUCCACAGUGUGGUGUGUGACGGGAGGAGGGCACUAGCCUACGCCAUGGCGAAAAGGAUGGCUGCACUCAACAGUUUAGACCUGAAAGACUCGGAUGGAAUGACUGCACUGCUCCUUGCAGCCCAACACAACCAGCACCUGCUGGUGGACGAUCUCAUCCUGUUGGGCGCCAGCGUCAAUGAGAGGAACCACUCAGGGAAGUCCUGCCUUCACCUAAGCGCGGAGAAGGGCUUCAUCCGCGUGCUGGAGGUGGUAAAGCGUGUCAUGAUGAAGGGGGUGUACAUUGAUGUUGAAGCCACCGAUAACUCUGGAAUGAGUGUCCUCCAGUGUGCUUCGGUGGCCUUGAAGUCCACCUUGCAGGAGUUGGAACUGAGCAGAUCCUUGACCGACACCCGACUGUACAUGCUGCGCAAGGAGCAGCUCCUGGAGACCCUGGAGUGUCUGCUACAAAUGGCCAGCUACUCUCAUGCUAUGGGGAGCAGCAGGAUGAACGCCUGAGGCUGGCAAGUCAGCCCGGUGGAGACCCGACAGUAAUGUUCUGAGUAUGACCAGGCUGGUUUGUGAUGAGACCCAUUCAGUUUGUCUCUCAUGAAUUUGUCCUGUUACGUAAAGCAUCUAAGGUGCUGGAAGUCAAACAAAUACCUGUCAGGCAGGUAUUGUUAUGAUUUCACACAAAGUUUAGGUGCUCGUUAGCUGGUUUCUGUGAAACUUCAUUGUUUGUUACAUUGGUGUAACAACUUAAAACAUACGAAACGAAGACGCCGUUGUUCCUGAGGUGUCUGGAUUAAUAGCAGAUACAUUCCCAAGCAUAAAAAAGUUUUUGGAGGUUACACUUACACUGUAAUACUCACUGUACACUGUACGGUACAGUAUGUGAGCAUGUGUGCUCCUUCAGUCCUGUACCAAUUCCCAGACACGGUCCUAGACUGUGAUGAGUCCAGUUUUGCUGAUCUUACACCUAUAAAUUAGAGAUGCACCAUAUCUUUAUCAAACGGACACCAAUACGUUUUGUGUAUCUCCUUUUUAAAGUGUAAAAAGACCUCCAUGCAUCACACCGGCUGCUCGCAUAUGCCCGAAUACAGUGCACCUCGCUGGGCCACGCCAGAUGGCCCUUCCCCCUCUAUACUGGUUCUGCUGGUAGUAAUCAUGUCAUGAUAUUUCAUUAGGACUCAUUUGAGGAUUCAUGUAGUAUGUCUUACCUCCAGGUGUGCACAAACUACACUUAAAUCUAAAUUUUAAAAUGGAGCAAUAACAAAUUGGUAUGUCAUUCCUGAGCAGCACAACGUUAUCAGUAAAAAAGAUAUCGUGCAUUUCUAAUUUUUGAUCUUAUCUCUCUUUUCCCCAUUUCUUAUAUAUUUUGAUGUUUGUUUUGGGUUUUUUUGUGUCAUUUUUGUUUUGGAAUGUGCCAAUAACCAUGCCCAGAAGAGUUUUUUAAGGCUUGGGGGAAAUAGCCUGCAUGUCAGGUGGCUCAGCUUCUUACUAUUCAUCGUUUUAGUAGAACCCUCUUCUCCUCAUAUUACCCCUCAUGUUUGUUUUAUUUCUAUCUACCGUGGGCCAGUAAAAAGACCCCCAGGCUGCAGUUAAUACACCCCUGUUUAGGGUUUUUGUUUUGGAUUUUUCUAGUGACAAAAAUUGUUUGGAUUGGUGUGUUAAAGUUUAAAAAGGGUUGUUUUGUUUUAUGAUAUGGGAAGGCUGGUGUAUUUUUUGUGCAUUUUUGAGGGCAGGUAUGUAUUUAUUGUACUUUGUUUUUCAAUGGAAACGGUGUGAAUAUCCCAACAAUAAAUAAAUAAAGGCUAG